CUGUGAUACAUCCGGCUGUCUCCCCUGUCGCUCUUUUUCGGUUUCAGUGGAAGCAUGACAGGUUUUAGUGAAAAAGCCAUCCUAAUCGAUGGCAGAGGCCAUUUAUUGGGUCGUUUAGCGGCUAUCGUGUCCAAAGCACUCCUAGAAGGUAACAAAGUCACAGUAGUAAGAUGUGAACAAUUAAAUAUUUCCGGAAAUUUUUACAGAAAUAAGUUGAAGUUUAUGUCAUUCCUCCGAAAGAGGUGUAAUGUUAACCCAGCUAGGGGACCAUUCCACUUCAGAGCUCCCUCAAGAAUUUUCUGGAAGACUGUAAGAGGAAUGUUACCACACAAAUCAGAAAGGGGAAAGCAAGCUCUUCGUAGACUAAAGGCAUACGAAGGUAUCCCUCCCCCAUAUGAUCGCAGGAAGCGUGUUGUUGUGCCUGGUGCACUUAGAGUAAUUUGCCUUAAACCAGGCCGUAAAUUCUGUCAUGUAGGCCGUCUUUCACAUGAAGUUGGAUGGAAAUACCAAUCUGUUGUACGUACAUUGGAAAGCAAACGUAAAGUUAAGGCUGUAUUGGCUAUCCGCAAACGUGACAAACUUAAGAAGCUCACACAACAAGCUUCUGAGAAGGUUGCCAAGCAAACUAAACCAUUCACAAGUCUUAUCAAUUCUUAUGGUUAUAAUUAAAGUUUUUAUUAAUAAAUGACUUAUAAUUUAUU